GCGAGAGGGAGGCGCCCCGCCCCGCCCUCGCCUCACCUGGCCGCGUCGCGGUGACGUCACGCGGAACAGGUGAGCGGCGACGACCGCGCGCGGAACGGGGAGCACGACCAUUGAACAACAACAACAGCAGCGACUACAACAACAACGUCAACACCAACAGCGACUACAACAACAGCACAAGCAGCAGCAGCAGCUUGGCCAGCCGUCCGUCACCAUGCUGGAGCCGUCGUCAAGCGACGAGGAGUCGUCGGAGCUCUCAGACUUCGUGAGGGUCGACUUGGAUGAGGCGGGGGAUGCGGGCUGCUCGAGCGACUGCGCGUCACUGGGGGGCCCCGUCCGCUCGGCGAGCCCGGCCCCGAGCCGCCUUCCCCAGCUGCCCUCGGCGUCGGUGAGCCGCUCCAGCAGCCUGCGCUCCAGCAGCCCCAGCCCCUCGGUGAGCAGCAGCUGCUGCUUCCGCGACGACGGCGACGAGGACAGGAGGCGCCGCAUGCAGCUCUAUGUGUUCGUGUCACGUUGCGUGGCGUAUCCCUUCAACGCCAAGCAGGUGACCGACAUGGCCCGGCGCCAGCCCAAGGUGAACAAGCAGCAGCUCGUAUCCAUCAAGGACCGCUUCACCGUCUUCCUGCAAGGAGAUUCCCAGAUCGUGACCGAUGAAGCAUUUGUUAGCGUUGUCAAGUUUUAUUACGAGGACUACUUGAAGAGCAACCGCGUGGCGCGUAUCGUGCAGAGCGGCGGCUGGUCCACCAACGACUUCAGAGAAGUCUUCAAGAACUACAUUGAGAAGCGCGUUCGUCAGAUGCCUGAGAUUGCGGGACUGACCAAGGAGACCGUGCUGAGCUCCUGGAUGACAAAGUUUGACAAGAUUUUCAUGGGUGAUGAGGCGCCGAGGCCGUCGACACGAAUAACAGCCAGCAGCUUCUCGGAUCUCAUCCUCAGCAAGGAUCAGCUGUAUGAGAUGUUCCAGCACAUCUUGGGAAUCAAGAAGCUGGAGCACCAGCUCAUCUUUAAUGCCAGCCAGUUGGAUCACCCAGACGAGCAGGCAGCCCAGAUCCGCCGCGAGAUGGACCAGCGUCAGAAGGUGGUGGAGCUGAUCGCUAAGCGGAGAGAUUUCCCCGCCUUCGUCCGUGCCGACUCGAGCAGCACGUACGUGAGCGAGCUGCGCUCCAGCAUCAACCUCCUGGUGUCCAACCUGGAGAGCCUGCCCGUGUCGCGCGGCCACGGCGACACGGGCCGUCUGCAGAAGCCGCUCAAGCGCUACUACCCCUCAUCCCUGCUGGACCCCGGGGAGGACUCGCGCAGCGCCCUCCUCAAGUCUGAGAUUGCGCUGUCAUUCACCCUCGAGGUGGUGGUGAUGGAGGUGCUGGGCUUGCGGUCGCUCCCAGCCAACCGCACCGUGUACUGCACCAUGGAGGUAGAGGGAGGGGAGAAGCUGCAGACUGAGCAGGCCGAAGCUUCCACACCAAAGUGGGACACGCAGGGGGAUUUCAGGAUCAAUGUCCCUCUGCCCCUGGUGAAGGUGAAGUUGUUUGCAGUGAACAGUAGAAAGUUGGCCCUGGAGGACAAGGAGCUGGGACGGGUGAUCCUUCAGCCCAUGGCCACAGCCACUCGCGUCAAUGAGCUACAUGCUCUGGCGGUACCCAAGAACAGCGUGGACCAGGGGAUGAAGAUCAAACUGGGCCUGCGCAUGGACAAGCCACAGAACAUGAAGCACAGUGGAUAUUUAUGGGCCCAAGGGAAAAAUGUUUGGAAAAAAUGGAAGAAAAGAUAUUUUGUCCUGGUGCAGGUCAGCCAGUGCACGUUCGCCAUGUGCAGCUACCGUGAGCGCAAGGCGGAGCCACAGGAGCUGAUGCUAACGGACGGCUUCACCGUGGACUACACGGAGCCCCCUGCAGACGUGACUGGAGGGCGUGCGUUCUUCCGCGCCGUGAAGGAGGGUGACUCCCUGCAGCUGGCGAGUGACGACGAUCAGGACUGCGUGCUGUGGGUGCAGGCGCUCUGCCGUGCCACCGGCCAGUCUCACAAGCCCCUACACCCAUCUCAGGGCGGCAAGCUGAGCGCUCCCGGAGGGACGCUGCUGCCGUCAGAAUCUGAUCGAGCCUCCAAGUACGGCAUCGAAGAGCUGAUCUGGGCCAACCCCAGCGACUUUGACCACGACUCCUUCUUUGAGCAGCUCCAGCGAAGCACCCUCGAACACCGGCUCAGCGACUCCAUCUCCUGCCUUGGCUGGUUGAGCCCAGGGCAGGUGUUUGUGCUGGACGAGUACUGCGCCCGCUACGGCGUGCGUGGCUGCCACCGGCACCUGUGCUUCCUCAACGACCUGCUGGAGAAGGCCGAGAGUGGCACCAUGAUCGACCCCACGCUGCUUCACUACAGCUUCGCCUUCUGUGCUUCUCACGUGUUCGGCAACAGGCCAGAUGGGUUUUCUUCUGUGACUGUGGAGGAGAUGGAGCGUUACAAUGAACUGAGAGGCCGGCUGAGAAGUCUGCUGGAGAACCAGAUCGCUCACUUCAGGUACUGCUUCCCCUUCGGGAGACCGGAGGGUGCUCUGAAGGCGACCAUCUCCCUGCUGGAGCGGGUGUUGAUGAAGGACAUGGCCACCAUGGUUCCUCCUGCCGAGAUGGAGGCGGUCCUGAGAAGUUGCCUGGAGAAUGCGGCGUUCAUCAAUUACACCCGCCUGUCGGAGUAUGCGCAGAUCGAGGAUAAGCAAGCCGACCCGACUGUCGACUCCCUGGAGGGGAAGGAAGUGGGGGAGGAGGAGGAAAACACUCCGAGCAAGAAGCUGGAGGGGCUCAUCAACCUGGCCGAGCUGUGCAUCGACGUGCUGCAGCAGAACGAUGAUUACCACGCGGAGGCUUUUGCAUUGGCAAGUGAACUGUUUGAGGAACACGCCGAGAUGUUCUGGAAGCUGUUUUCCGUGGACAUGGAUGAUGUGCUGGAUAAGCAGCCAGAAGACAACUGGGAUGCCCUGCUGCUCUUCCAGCUUCUCAACGACUACCUCAGGCAAACCCCGUCGCUCAACAACGGCAAGUUCCACGAGGAGGUGCAGGCCAAGUUCACCCCCAUGGUGGUGCGCUACGUGGACCUCAUGGAGGCCUCCAUCGCGCAGUCCGUGCACAGCGGCUUCGCCCAGGAGACGUGGGCGCUCGUCCAGGGUGGCUCGGCAACUUCCAACGAACUCCUGUGGAAGCUGAACGCUCUGCAGGCCUUCAUCCAGGACCUGAAGUGGCCAGAGGUGCAGUUCUCCUACCAGAUGGACCAGCGGCUAAAGCUCAUGGCUAACGAAAUGAUUAGCUGCUGUGUCAGUCGAACGAGCAAGGCGUUUCAGGUGCGCGUGAAGAAGCUGAAUGCGUCCACGGACCUCAGGGUGAACGACGUGCUCUGCACGAUGCUCAAUGUGCUCAUCGACACGACGCAGCAGAGCUCCAAGCUGUGCUGCCACGUCGAGGAGCUGCCUGGCCACUCCAAAGCUGAGAUUGAGAUUCGGAAAACGCGGAAGGAAGUCAGCGCCCUGCUCAUUGAUAAGUUUGUGGCUGUUCUGAAAGGCGUUCUGAAGAAGCUGGCCCGAUUUGACGAGGGGACGUUCCUGAGCACGCUCCUCUCACUCACGAAACCGGGAAUGGAUUUGGCAGACUCCUACGUCACGUUUGUGCGUCAGAACCAGGAGAUCUUUCGUGAAAAGCUUAUAGAAGACGAUUACAUUCAACAGAUAUGUACGGACUGGUACAUCAGCAAUGUUCGAACAAUAGACCAGUGGCUGAAGGAGAGAAAAGACAUGCAACUCCACCCUCAUCAACUGAAGAUCCUGAACAGCAUGACAAGGAUGGGGUAUAGGGACUUCCAGCUGCAGGGCGUCCCGGAAAAAUAUCUCAAGUGCACGAGCCAUGUGGAUGUGCAGAACCGGCUCAUCAUGGAGGAAACGUCCAUGUCCGUGCAGGAUGACAGUUCUCACGACUCUAACUAGCAUCACACCAACCAGUUUGUACCACCCACAACACAA